UCCCGCAGUGCACAAUUCUAGUCCAGUCGCUUCUGCGCUCGAAAGAACCGAGAACCAACACUUUAGCAGGGGCAUCACAAACAGAUAUGGCCCUGCUGGAACUCGCCUUGCAAGGGUUUUCCCUCUUUGGAUUAAUUCUCUUCAUUGUACUGUGGCUUAUGCAUUUCAUAUCCAUCAUCUACGUGCGUCUUCAUUUGGGCCGGAAGGUCUCGGACAAGCAGCCCUACAGUAAGCUGGCUGGGGUGUCCCUGCUGAAACCCCUGAAAGGGGUGGACCCCAACCUCAUCAGCAACCUGGAGACAUUCUUUGAGCUGGACUACCCAAAGUAUGAAGUACUCCUCUGUGUCCAGGACCAUGACGAUCCGGCCAUCGAUGUCUGUAAGAAACUGCUGGGCAAAUAUCCCAACGUCGAUGCCAGAUUAUUUAUAGGGGGGAAGAAGGUGGGAAUCAACCCCAAAAUAAACAACCUCAUGCCUGGAUACGAGGUGGCUAAAUACGACCUGGUGUGGGUCUGCGACAGUGGGAUACGGGUGAAACCGGACACGCUCACGGAUAUGGCCAAUCAGAUGACAGAGAAGGUGGGGCUGGUGCACGGUCUCCCGUAUGUGGCAGACAGACAGGGCUUCGCUGCCACCUUGGAGCAGGUUUACUUUGGGACGUCCCAUCCGCGCUCCUACAUCUCUGCCAAUGUGAUGGGAAUUAAGUGUGUGACUGGAAUGUCGUGCCUGAUGCGGAAGGACAUCCUGGACCAGGCGGGUGGGCUGAUCGCCUUUGCUCAGUAUAUCGCUGAGGAUUACUUCAUGGCCAAAGCAAUCGCCGACAGGGGGUGGAAGUUCUCCAUGGCAACGCAGGUAGCCAUGCAGAACUCCGGAUCUUACUCCAUUGCACAAUUCCAAUCACGCAUGAUCAGGUGGGCUAAGCUGCGUAUUAACAUGCUUCCUGCCACGGUAUGUGAGCCCAUCUCCGAGUGUUUUGUGGCAAGCCUGAUCAUCGGCUGGGCCGCCCACCACGUCUUCCGCUGGGACAUCAUGGUGUUCUUCCUGUGCCACUGCCUGGCCUGGUUCAUCUCCGACUACGUCCAGCUCCGAGGCAUCCAGGGAGGAUCCCCGUCCUUCUCUAAGUUGGACUACGCGGUGGCGUGGUUCAUCAGAGAGUCGAUGACGGUGCAGAUCUUCCUGUCGGCGCUGUGGGACCCCACCAUCAGCUGGAGGACCGGCCGCUACCGCCUGCGCUGUGGAGGCACGGCCGAGGAGAUCCAGGAAGUAUAGCCCCGCUGGGCCCACAGACUAUUGGGACUGAUGAACCGCAGUCUGACACGUGGAGCAGGAGACUGAGAAUUAUUGGACAGUCAUUUGAACAGAGGAUUCAACUUUUGAUAGUUCUUAUGUGUUGAAAAGAAUCUGAAAGUGUUGAGUAUUUAUAUUGUACAUGCUCCUGCUUUUUCUCCAUUUUUAUUUGGAGGAUGGGUGUCCUGCUCUUUGAUGAAGGCGAGGCGAAAAAGAAAUGAGAGGGAAGGUGGGUGACGUACAGGGGGGUCAGA